AUCCUUCUUCUACUUGUACAGCCUCAUGUAGCAGCUGCAUCCUGAACUGGUUUACCUACUUUAUUUUGGAUUUGCUGUGUUUCUUUAACACCAGAAAGAUCAAGGAUAAAAGAUAAAUUACAAUUUUUUUUUCCACUGUAGUUGAAGGAAAGCCACUGCAGGUUAUUUGAAAAUGGAAAAAGGAUCCCCCCCACAGGAAUCUGCUCCGCCCUACCCAGGCCCACCCUUGAGUUACGGAAGUACACCACCUCAGCCGGGUUUCGUUCCUGCAGGAUACCAGGGAGAUAUUGCCCCUCCACAGACUGCACCUGUAACAACAGUGAGGCACGUGAUAGUAACGCCUGAACUAUAUGACGCUCCUGGACAGGCUCGGUGCCCUCACUGCCAGCAGGCUGUGGUCACCGACAUCGACCGCGUACCAAACCUCUCUGCCUGGCUUAUCUGCGGAUGCUUCACUCUCUUUGGGUGUUGGCUGUGCUGCUGCAUCCCAUUCUGCGUUGAUUCCUGUAAAAAUGUGAAGCACUACUGUCCCAAAUGCAAACACUUAAUCCAUAUACAUAAGAAUUAAGCUUUGGGGGAGAGAAUGUGACUGCUUAUGGCCUUAAAAAAAAAAAACUCUUCUGAAAGUCUUUUUCACAUUUUGAUUUAAAAUCUAUGUAGGCUACUGGUAAAGAAACAAAAUCAUUCAUUAUAAUAUCCACUUCAACAUAAAGUUCUCUGGUUCGACUCCCAGGCCUGGUGGGCGGUGCAUGUUUUCCCUGUGCUUGCAUAUGUUCACUCUGGGUACUCCGGCUUCCUCCCACAGUCCAAAAACUUGUAUGUCUAGGUAACGUCUAGACCGGGGGUCAGCAACCCGCGGCUCUUGAGCCGCAUGCGGCUCUUUAGCGCCGCCCUAGUGGCUCCUGGAGCUUUUUCAAAAACGUUUGACCUUUUUUUCCUUUUUUUCCUCUUUUUUCUUUCCUUUUUUCUUCUCUUUUUUUCUUUUUUCUUUUUUUUCUCUUUUUUUCUUCCCUUUUCCUUUUUUAAUUUUUACUAUUUCUUCGACAUUUUGACUUUUUUCUCGACAUUUUGACUUUUUUCUCGAAAUUGUACUUCAACAUUAAUCUCGACAUUUCGACUUUUUUUCUCGAAAUUUAGACUUUUUUUUUCAACAUUUCGACUUGCAUAAUGAAAAAUAAAUUUACCCCAAGUUAUAACUAAUAUAGAUACAUGAAGCAUGUGUUGCCUUCAUUCUAAGGCUUAUACAAGACUUUUAACUUUUUGCGGCUCCAGAUAUAUUUGUUUUUUGUGUUUUUUGUCCAAUACGGCUCUUUCAACAUUUUGGGUUGCCGACCCUUGGUCUAGACUAACUGUCUCUGCGAGGUUGCGUUAGGAAUGGCAUUAAAACGGGCCAAAUUGAUGUGCAGACUAUAAUCCGCUGUGGCUCUGGCGCUGUGGGAUUAAGCCGGAAUUAUUGAUAAUUUAUAUCUAUAUAUAUAUAUAUAUAUGCAUGCUCACAUAUUUUCUUACACAUUCAUUCAUUUCUCUGUUGUCUUUGAGAUCUUGCAUUACAGUUCCAUGUAUAGAUGUAUAGAUUACAUGGCUAAGUACAACAUAAGUGUGACAUAAGUGUAAUCCAGAUAAACUCUUGUCCAAUAAUACAAUUAAACUUCAUCAACAACAAAUAAACCUAAUUUAGCAUAUUAUGGGUUUGUGUAAAUCACUGUUGCAGAAUGGUGUUACAGGGCAAAAUAAAAAAAAUAAAAAGUGAGAAAGUACAGUGAGAAGCACAAUUUGGGCUUGGGUUAUUUAAAAAAAAAGUUUGGGGGAAUUUACAUGGCAAAGAUCCACUAAGACUGACGCAAAACAAACAAUGAUGCAUCGUGAGGGAAGAAUCAUGCUGUGGUGUAGUUUGAUCUAUGUUUCUGACUUGUCCUUUGAAAGUUUCCCAACUGUGUACACAGCUGUUUUAUCUUUAUAACACAGAAAUUCGUUAUUUCGUUGUCUAGGAUGUGCUUUUGUCUUUUUCAGUUCUAACCCUCUGAGGUUACAGUUACUCUCACAAUCUUAUCCUGUUUCACUUAUUUCCUGUCCAAGCAAAACUUGGCAAAACUUGGAAGACAUUGCCUGGAUGGUUGUGUUCGGCCAAUAAAUAAGGACCUAAAAAGUGAAGUGGCUUAUACAGUUAAAAUAAUAUGAAAAUUAGCCCCGAGCCCUGAGAUUCUUUGGCUGUAUCUGCUGGGUACGCUCAUCCACAUCUUUGGAAAGCUGAGCCAUACGCAGGUCUGAUUACUGCCAAGAAAUCACUUAAAUAGAACCUGUCUGACAUAAUGAGGUAAAGAAAAUAAGCAACACAUCAUGCUCCAACCAAAAGACAUUCAAGUAAUUUCUAAGGCUUUGGGACCCCAGUGAACCACCAUGAGAGCUAUUUUCAACAAAUGGAGAAGACAUGUAAUGGUGGUAAACCUUCCCAGGAGUGCCUGGACUGUGUUGACGACUCAUCCAGGAAGUCACAAUAGAAUCCCCAAAAAACAUCUAAAGCAUUGCAGGCCUCCUUUGCUUCAGUUAAGGUUAGCGUUCAUGAUUCAACAAUAAGAAAAAAUACUAAGCAAAACCUGCAUCCAUAGAAGAGCUCCAAGGCAAAAACAACCAUUGACCAAGAGGAAAAGACCAAUGCCUGCCUCCCAUUUCCAAAAAAACAUCUUUGUGAUCCUCAAGACUUUUGGCAAAAAUAUUCUGUGGACUGUCAAAACACGGCAUUUCAGAAAAAGAACCUCAUACUGACAGUCAAACCGGGGAUAGUAGUGUGGUGUGAAGCUGCUUUGCUGCUAUGAUCGUCGAGGACUUGUCAUAAUCGAUGGAAACAAUGAAUGUCCAGCCAUCAGUUCGUGAGCUCAAGGAGAUUUGGGUUAUGCAGCAGGUCAAUGAUCUGAAGCACACCAGCACACCCAUCUCUGAAUGACUCAGAAAACACAAAAUGAAGGUUUUGAAAUGGUCUAGUCAAAGUCCUGACUUAAAUCUCAUUGAGAUGCUGUGGCAUGACCUUAAACGUGCUGUUCAUGCUAAAACUCUCCAAUAUAACAAGUAGUUAUGUUUAGGGGACAGCUACUUUUUCAAAUACGGC